UGUCCUUUAUCAAGGCCUUAAAAAAGAAUUAUUUUAUUAACAGAAAAUAAAUAUAGAGGCUUUUCGGUUGAGCCCGACUUGGAGGACGGCCGGGGUGAUCGGUACCCCCUCCAGCCGACGUGGUGCGCUCCGGGCAGGGUGGUGCAGUCCCGAAGCUCCGGGGACGAACGGUCCAGCAAACAGCCGCGUCGUGAGCUCAAGAUGCUGCUCCCCCAGCUGGCGCUCCGUCGUGCCCUGCUGGUUCGCCCCUGGAGGGCGGCCGGGCUGUGUUGGAAGCACACCUCCUCCCUGAAGGUGGCCAACGAGCCCAUCUUGGCGUUCACGCAGGGCAGCCCCGAGCGAGAUGCUCUGCAGAAGGCCUUGAAGGACCUGAAGGGCCGGACGGAAGCCAUCCCGUGCGUGGUGGGGGACGAGGAGGUGUGGACCUCAGACGUGCGGUACCAGGUGUCGCCCUUUAACCAUGGACACAAGGUGGCAAAGUUCUGCUAUGCAGACAAGGCCCUGCUCAACAGAGCCAUCGAGGCCGCCUUGGCUGCCAGGAAAGAGUGGGACAUGAAGCCUGUUGCAGACCGAGCCCAGGUCUUCCUGAAGGCAGCGGAUAUGCUGAGCGGGCCGCGCAGGGCAGAGGUCCUAGCCAAGACCAUGGUGGGACAGGGGAAGACAGUCAUCCAGGCGGAGAUCGAUGCUGCGGCUGAACUCAUUGACUUCUUCCGGUUCAACGCCAAGUUUGCUGUGGAGCUGGAGGGGGAGCAGCCCAUCAGCGUGCCACCCAGCACCAACAACGUGGUGUACCGGGGGCUGGAGGGCUUCGUGGCGGCCAUCUCCCCCUUCAACUUCACUGCGAUCGGCGGCAACCUGGCGGGGGCGCCGGCCCUGAUGGGCAACGUGGUCCUGUGGAAGCCCAGUGACACUGCCAUGCUGGCCAGCUACGCCAUCUACCGCAUCCUCCGGGAGGCCGGUCUGCCCCCCAACGUCAUCCAGUUUGUGCCAGCUGACGGGCCCACGUUUGGGGACACUGUCACCAGCUCAGAGCACCUGUGUGGCAUCAACUUCACAGGCAGUGUGCCCACCUUCAAACACCUGUGGAAGCAGGUGGCCCAGAACCUGGACCGGUUCCGCACCUUUCCACGCCUGGCUGGAGAGUGUGGGGGGAAGAACUUCCACUUCGUACACCGCUCCGCCGAUGUGGACAGCGUGGUGAGCGGGACCCUGCGCUCCGCCUUCGAGUACGGCGGCCAGAAGUGCUCAGCCUGCUCCCGCCUCUACGUGCCCCGCUCGCUGUGGCCGCAGAUCAAAGGGCGGCUGCUGGAGGAGCAUGGCAGGAUCAAAGUGGGCGACCCUGCAGAGGAUUUCGGGACCUUCUUCUCUGCAGUGAUUGAUGCCAAGUCCUUUGGCCGCAUCAGAAAGUGGCUGGAACAUGCCCGCUCCUCCCCGAGCCUCACCAUCCUGGCGGGGGGCCAGUGCGACGAUUCCGUGGGCUACUUCGUGGAGCCCUGCAUCAUCGAGAGCCAGGACCCCCAGGAGCCCAUCAUGAAGGAGGAGAUCUUCGGGCCUGUGCUGACCGUGUAUGUCUACCCAGACGACGAGUACAAGGAGACGCUACGGCUGGUCGACAGCACCACCAGCUACGGCCUCACGGGGGCAGUGUUCGCCCAGGAUAAGAACGUCAUCCAGGAGGCCACAGAGAUGCUGAGAAAUGCUGCCGGGAACUUCUACGUCAACGACAAGUCCACUGGCUCUGUGGUGGGCCAGCAGCCCUUCGGUGGGGCCCGAGCCUCCGGGACCAACGACAAGCCAGGGGGUCCUCACUACAUCCUGCGGUGGACGUCACCCCAGGUCAUCAAGGAGACGCACCAGCCUCUGGGGGACUGGCGCUAUGCGUACAUGCAGUGAGCCCCACUCGGCGCCACCUGUCUGUCCGUCCAGACGACUGACCUCAGUGCACUGGCCCCUCUACCCCACUCCCCAUGGGACAACCCACUUUCUAGGGCCGAGGCCUGCCUCCCUACCCGCCACCAGCCUGUAUCCUGGCCUGUCCCACCCCUUGGGGUCAGGUGUUGGACUCUGGUUUGAGAUCACGCUGAGGGGAGUAUCAAAACCACCACCCCUUACCCCAUCGGCUGUCCUGGAGACUCCAUCUGGUAGCUGUGACCUUGGUGCUGUCUGGUCCUCCACCUGUCCCUCCCUCUUUCCUCUGCACUGGGGCCCAGUGGCUCAGGGACCUGGGGAAUGGCGGUGGAGUUGCUUCUAGAUCUGCUGGGGAAAAGGAGACAGCUCUGGGCCCCUUGGCAAACCUCGUGGCCCAUGGAGGCUCCUGGCCUUGGCCCUGCCUUCUCUGGGUCUCCAGGAUUCGGUGUGACCAGGGUGGUCUUCAGGGCUGGCAAGUCAUGGCUGCUGGGCGUGGGGGUGCCAGCUGGCCUUGCCCUCUGGGUCGGGGCCACCCAUUUCCUCACUAGCUCUUUGCCCAGAUGCACCUGUGCCAGCAGGCACUUGUGCCCGACCACACGCCUUACACCCUGCGUGCCUUGCUGCAGCGUGCCUGUGCUCCCCGAGGCCCACAGCUUCCUGGCCGUCUUCACGUGGGGCUUCGGGAGCUGCUGCAGGUCACCUGCUGAGCUGUGGAAUGGGCUGGUCCUUCCUGUUUGGGCUGUGAGUGUGGAAAACCUUGGUGGUGGGACCUUCCUGCUGUUUCUCUUGGCUAGUGGGUCCUGCCUCUAGAGACGGCCACUCAGAGCCUAGGUUGGCCUGGGUUUCCUGCAGGAGCUCAGCUCCCACUGGCUGUGGUUGAACAGGCUGGGGUAGAGGUUGCUCCCACCUUCUCCCAGCCCGCUGAGACCUCGCCUUGGGUCCCUGUCCAGCCCGGGCCAAGGACCCCUGUAGAAUCGUCCCUCUGGCAUGUUAGUUGCUCUGUGUGGACUGGCCUUUAGGAGGCCUGUUCCUUGAUGCAGCCAAUGGGUGGACACUCGCAAAUGUAUCCUGGGUGGAUUCGGGUGGCCAGGGAGCAAUAAGGGGUGACUUUGGAGGACAGCUUUUAGGGGGCCCUCCUCAAGCAUGGCUGGCAUGGGGCCCGCAUGGGGCUGGAGUGGCCAUUCCCCAGGUUCAUGGUCGGGGUGGGUCCCAGUGUUGCUGGGGCAGCGAGGGCUCCGCGUCCUUCCAGUUGUUUCCCAGGCAGCGCGGGGGCCGGAGGUGUUCCUGGUUCUACUGGUUCUGCACUGUGAGGUGGCAAUGGGAUUUGCCCUGAUGCUACCUAAUAAAAUGUUUGCUACGUAAUCAGAUCGGUGGUCUCUCUGGUCGGGGGCAGUGGGUGCUGGUCAGCUUCUAAGUGUGAUGGUGUUGCUAAUGUGUCCCUAGGUGUCAGUGCCCUCAGUGUGAUGGAAGGAAGGGUGGGCACCAGUGAUGCCAGUCCCUGCCACGGGUGGUGGGAGCUCUGGGGCCAGACGGGCUAGGUUCAAAUCCCAGCUGCAAAAAGUUGCAUAAUCUCUCCAACCUCUGUCUCUUCGUCUGUUAGAUGGAAGUAAUCGCGCAUGCGCGCGCACACACACAGGUUUUCAUGAGAAUUCAAUGAAUUAAUGCAUGUAAGUGCUUAGAACAAUACCAGGUAUGGAAUUAAUGAUUCAACCAUUUACCCGUUGCUGUAACAAUCACUGUUAAGUGUUAUGUUAGUUGAGUUUAUGUGUUAACUUGACUGGGCUGCAGUGCCCAGAUAUUUAGUUAAGCAUUAUUCUGGAUGUUUCUACAGAGGCGUUUUUUGGUUGUGGUUAACAUUGAAAUCAGUGGGCUUUGCAUAAAGCAGUUUACCCUCCCUAGUGGAAGUGGGCUUCAUCCAAUCAGCUGAAGGCCCUUACAGAACCAAGACAGACCUUCCCCUUGCUGGAAGGAAUCCUGCCAAUGGCUACUUUGGACUCAACUGUAACCCUCUGCGUCUCCGACCUGCUGGCCUGCGCUGCAGAUUUUGGGCUUAUAGCCUCUAUGAUCGUGUGAGCCAAUUCCUUACAAUAAAUGUCUGUCUCCGUG